AUGGCGGACUUUGGUGAAGACCUAUUUCUGGAGCAGGUUCCCUACGCUGGGAAGUUCGUGCCUUUGAUUACUUGCCCACAGGUGGCACAUCAGCAGGCUUGUGCUUUCGCAAAUGUUGGCCCACAGGACGUUGCCUGUGAUUUGGGCUGCGGCCUCGGCGGCUUCUGCCUUGAAGCGGCCAAGUUGGGGUGCCAAGGGCAGAUGCCAAGGGCUUUGGUGCGCAUGGCUAUCACCAAGCGCUGA